AUGGUAGCCUCUGACCAUGAAAUGCUUAAGGAUAUGGCCCUACCAGGGAACCAAACGGGUGUCUAUUAUAUUCCUAUUUCGAAUCUCCCGUUCAACACAUCAUGGCAGCAGAUCAAAGACUUCGUCCGACAGGGCUGCGAGGUAGACCAUGUGGAGUUCUUCCGGAAGAGCACGUCGGGCUGGGUGAGGCUCAAGGGCCGACAUCUCAACGGUACUGAAUUCAACGGCAGGGCAAUUAUUGCGGAAGGCAAGAACGCAAACAGCCCAAUCCUGGUGCGAGGCCUUGAGGCCUGCAAAUCAAAGGCGGCAUCGAGCGGACGGCUCGACGGCAGGAACUAUUGUACCAUGUUCGCGGCCCCUGAAAAGCCUGGGCAAGUCUCAGCACCUAUCCUAGCCUAUGCCGGCAGCAUCCUGGACGCCACGCAACGAUAUAAUCCAGGCACCUUAUAUGCGGCGCAUGAGCCCUACAGCAAGUAUGGAUCGCAGGCGGUAGCAAUGCAAAACAGCCAGAUGGCAGCUAUGGAUACUAGUAAGACCCCAGAGCGUGGCGUCAUCUAUACAGAACAGCGAGGCAUCCAGAUACGCAAUCUUUCCAGCCGCGCCACAGAGAGCCAGACCCGCGAGGCAGUACUAAAUCUGAUAGGGUCUGAGGCUAGCUUCAUCAGCGAGAUCCGCAUCCCCCUUUCCAGGGAAGGCAAGCCACGCGGCCUGGCCUUUGUCCAUUUCCAAACUGCCGAACUGGCCAAGCGUAUGGUGAUGCUUCUCAACGGGUUCGUGUUUAGGGGCCGAAAGCUGCAGGUGGAGGGCGAGACGAUUUACAGCAGUGCCGAGCAUCACCACGGUCCUUCUCCUCUUGCUUCUGCUGCUGCGGCUACUGCUGCUGUAGGAGCACCACGAAAGGUCCGGCAACACUAUUAUCCCAAUCCGCAUCGGGACGAGUGGAAGGAGACAGUCAAUUCCCAGAAGACUAGCACCAGCACCAGCAUUAUACUCCAGUAA